AGAGUGAAAACAUGGAUGUUUCAGGCGUUUUGUUUUUCUUCAACAUGAUAUGCAAUCCAUGCAUUAACCAUCUCGACACGUGAACACAUGCUUUCUGCUCUGCACCAUAAGAUCAUCUCUCAGUGGUCACUGUCAACCUCCUCAUCAUGGAGGGCCAAUAUAUCAGCAUUCAUGGCCUCAACAUCACCCACAGUCCUAUCGGAGCACCGGCCAUGUCUAUCAACAAACUUUUCCCGGCUCUGCUGGAGUGCUUUGGCAUCAUUCUGUGCGGAUAUGUGGCGGGUCGCAGUGACAUCAUUAGCGUGGCACAGGUCAAAGGAUUGGGCAGUUUCGUGUCGUGUUUCGCACUUCCUGCCCUGCUUUUCAAGAACAUGGUGCAGCUUCAGUUUGAGCACGUCGUCUGGUCGUUUCUAUGGAGCGUUUUGAUCGCAAAAGUGUGCGUGUUCCUGCUAGUUUGUGUGCUGACGCUGUUGGUGGCAAAUCCUGAGAGCAAAUUCAGUAAAGCAGGGAUGUUUGCUAUCUUUGCCACUCAGAGCAACGACUUUGCACUGGGAUAUCCUAUAGUGGAUGCGCUGUACAGGAGUUCGCACCCAGAGUAUGUGCAGUAUAUAUAUCUGGUGGCUCCUGUGUCUCUGAUGCUGCUGAACCCUGUGGGCUUUGCUUUGUGUGAGAUCCAGAGAUGGAAACACUCCAAUGACCGCAGCUACAGCAAACUGCAUGUGAUCUUUACAGUCAUGCUGCAGGUUUUGAAGAACCCAAUAGUCUUCAUGGUUAUUGUCGGAAUUCUCUCUCAUUUCCUGUUUGGUGGACGUGUCCCUGUUUUAUUAGGAGAGUUUGUUGAUGGACUGGCAGACUCUUUUGGAGGGGCGGCACUCUUUUAUCUGGGCCUGAACAUGGUGGGACAGAUGGGUAAACUCACACGUACCACUGGGGUUUCCCUUAUCCUGCUUAUCACUGCCAAACUGCUAGUUAUGCCAUUGAUGUGUAAGGACAUGAUGGAGCUGUUGAAUGCUGGUAAUUCCAGCUCUGUGAAUCACUCUAGCCUGUCUGAUUAUGCUUUCCUUUACGGAGUUUUCCCCACCGCUCCCAGCGUGGCCAUCUAUGCUGCCAAGUACAACAUGGAGCUGGAGGUGGUGACCUCUGGUAUGGUCAUUAGCACCUUCCUGUCAGCACCCAUCAUGUAUGUGUCGGCUUGGUUACUGACCAUCCCAUGGUUGGAGGCCUCGUCCCUGGUGGCGGAGCUGCAGGACGUGAGCUUUAACAUCAGCAUUGUCAGCCUAAUAGCCCUGGUUUGGACCCUUGCUGUCAUGCUUCUAAGUAAGAAGUUUAGGAGGCUGCCACAUAUGUUUGCCACAAAUCUGUUUUUAGCACAGCUCCUAGUGUGUGUGUCGAUGAUCUUGUGGAAGUUUGUGCUGAAGCAGGGGAACGUGUUUGGCCAAAUUCUCACCUUUACACUACUUUAUGGGUCUCUUUACAGUACCUACAUGUGGACAGGUCUUUUGGCGUUCGCUCUUACUUUAUUGGGCAGAAAUGAAAACUUGAAAGUGAAACCCAUAGUUUUCAUCAUCUUUGGAUGGGGAAUUCCUUUUCUGAUUGUGGGCGCGCUGCUCAUGAUAGGACAAAGAAUGAAUGACAACGUAGACUCCGCCUUCUUUUACGGCAAGGGGCAGAUUGUGUGUACUCUGGUAGUUCUGGGCUACAGCAUCGUUCUGGCUGGUCUGUCUUUGUUGAGCUUGAGCCGAGGGGCCCAGGAGGAGCAGAACUAUCAGGCCCUAGAUCAAAACUCCAUGACAGGCACAACAGAAGAUGUGAGACACCCCCAGCCAGAGAACCAGAACUCAUCUGAGCUAGAUCAAACCAACACAGAUGUCUACUGCAAUGAACCCAUGCCAGAUAUGAUAGUCGGACAUCUUACUGACUCGCCAGUGCCUUCAGCAGGGAUUUUCCUGAGCGAGGCGUCAAGCUCCAGGCAUGUGCAGGAGGAGAGACAGAUAGCUCGACAUGUGCUCCUCUGCCUGCUUCUCAUCGUCAGCAUGUUGGCUAACCUGUCCAGCUACCUGUGGUGGUUGUUCAACGCAGAUCCAGGGCGGCUUUACCUCGAGCUGCAGUUCUUUUGUGCUGUAGCCAAUUAUGGACAGGGUUUUGUUUCCUUUGGAAUUUUUGGGUUGGACGAGCACCUGAUUAUUCUUCCAUUCAAAAAGAGGCUGGCUACUCUGUGUGGUUUCGGUCAGGAUGAAAGCCUCGAGUCUGCUGCUGUUCCUGAGGAAAUACGACUGACCUGUACACAGUUUGUGAGAUACCACAAAGAUCAGUGCGUUCAGGAUAUUGUUCGCCAAAGAGGUGGAUCUUCUGAAUCUCUCACUGGACCUGUGGGUGAAUCCUUCCUUUGAUUGACAGGUGUACUCACUGGUGUAUGGGCAGUGGGAUCAUUGGCUCUUGUAUGUGGGUGUGGCCAAAGACAGAAAGGUGUGUCCUUGCUUUCAGGACACGGCUUCAGAUAAACGUUGACUUACUUCA